UGCUAUUGAAAUACCUAUCUUCCAAGAUUCGACUAAACUUAAUACAAAUACAUUUCUGGGAUUGAAUAAUAAAAUGUUUUUUUAA